AUGGCGACGGGCGCCACCCUCAAGGACCUGGCACCCGAAGAGAAGCAAAAGGUGGCGCGGCUUAUACUGCAGGUGGCGGAGAAGGAGCGGGCGCUGAAGGCGGCAGAGGCAGUGGCGGCAGAGGCGUCGGCGGCAGUCAAGUCGGCAACCCAACUGGGGCAGCAGAAUCUGGAGCUGGCGCGCGAGAACACCAGCCUUCGCGCCAAGCUGUCGCAUGCCUUCGAUCUGCUGCGCACUUACCAGCACAAGUGCCGGGUGCUGGAUGCCACCGUGCAAGUCACCAGCUCGCGCCCCGCCUCACCCGGGUGCCAGACGCCGGCAGCAGCAGCGGCGGCGGGCGGCUGGGGCGGCAUAGGCGUGGAUGCGCAGCAGCUGGCUGGCUGCCUCAGCCUUCUCGAGAGCAGUCGAGAUGGCAGCAUGCCUGUCGCCCCAGUCUGUGCUGCUGGGCAGCGCAGCAGCGACACCGAGGCAGCAGCGGGCUACGCCAGCAGCAGGCAGCUGAGCCCAGUGGAGGAGGGGCCCUGGGAGGGCGCUUCUCCUGCAGGGCACUCCCAGGCCUUGCCCUCUUCAGCAGGCAGUGUGCAGCAGCCGCAGCUGCUCCCGGCAGCAACCCAGUCGGCAGCACAGCGACCAGCCCCUGCCAGCCCAGCGCCACCCAGCGCCGCCGGCGUGGCCACCAGGUGUGCGGCCGUGCCCCCAGACAGCGCCCAGGUGGCGCCGCACCCGCUGCCGCAGCUGGAGGCCCUGAAGAUGCUGGCGCAGGCGCUGCUGGAGGCGCAGGCUGAGGUGGCAGCCAAGCAGCAGCAGCAGGCAGUAGAGGCCGCUGGGCUGCUGCCGGCCCUGCGGCUGCCCCGCGGUGCGCUUGUGUUUGAUGCAUGCCUGGGCCCGUAUGGCGGCUACCUGAUCGCGCCGCCGCCACCCGACAGCCAGUGUGCUGGCAGCGAUGGCAGCGUUGAUGGCGGCAGAACCAUCAGCAGCGGCAGCACUCAGCCCAGUAAGUCUCAGGCACCUGAGCGCGUGCCUCUGGCGGCUGUGCCGCAACACGCAGCCGAGCGCAACGACAGCAGCCCCACCAGGUGCCAGAGCUUGGCAUCCCCAGGACGCCCUGGCAGCAGCAGCGGGCGUGGCGGCCGUGAGCUGGUGAUUGAUGACUGCCUGAUGGACCUGCUGAGAGAUGUGGAGAGCAUGGCCCCUCAGCAGCGCAGCGGCAGCGGCCGCGCGCCGCCAUACGGUUACCAGCAGCAGCAACAGCAGCAGCAGCAGCAGCAGCCAGGCGUGGCGCCCGGCCAGGGCGGCGGCUGGGGCUUUGGGCAGCAGCAGCAGCAGCAGCCAGGCGUGGCGCCCGGCCAGGGCGGCGGCUGGGGCUUUGGGCAGCAGCAGCAACAGCCGCCGCCGCCGCAGCAGCACCCGCCUGUACCCGCGGCCCCGCAGCACCAGCCCGGCAUGCAGCCAUACGCUGCUGCCCCCGGGGCGCCCCCCGCCCCCGCGGCACCCAGCGCCGCCCCCCGCCCCGCCGCGGCGCAGCCGCUGCCGCAGCUGCGUGCCGACGCGCUGAGCCUGCUGCAGCCGGGGCCGGCGCGGGAGCGGCGGCCGCGGCGCCUGGCGGUGCUGCUUCGCGGGCUGCCGGGCAGCGGAAAGAGCCACGUGGCGCGGCUGAUUCGGGAGCGGGAGGUGGCGGCUGGCGGGGAGGCGCCCCGCAUCCUUUCCUUAGACGACUACUUUAUGACGGAGGUGGAGCGCGAGGUGGAGGAGGGGGAGGAGGGGGGGCGGCGGGGGCGCAAGCGCAGGGUGGAGGUGCUGGAGUAUCGCUACGAGCCCGAGAUGGAGGCCGCCUACCAGCGCAGCCUGCUCAAGGCGUUCCAGCGGGCGUUGGAGGAGGCUCGCUUCCGCUUCAUCGUGGUGGACGCGCCCGCCAUCAAGGCACGCGCCGCCUGCCGCCCCCUUUGCCCUGUGGCCGACUUCAAAGACUUCUGGUCGGCGGGGCAGGCGGCUGGGUACGAGGUGUAUGUGGCGCAGCCGCCAGAGGCAGACCCCCAGGUCUGCUAUGCACGCUGUGGUCACGGGCGCAGCAAGGAGGAUGUGUACCGCCUGUCUGCUGAGUGGGAGGCCACGCCUGCGGUCUACACGCUGCUGCUGCUGGAUGGGCUGCUGGGGAGGGGCGGCGGCGUCGCCUCUGGCGCCAUUGCCGAGGUGGAGAUGGGGCAGGAGGAUGAGGACGGCGCCGCGCCGAGCGGCGGCGGCAGCGAUGGCGAGGAGGAGGAGGGGGAGGGGGCGGCGGCGGCGGCGGGAGAUGGCCGGCCCGCGGCCGCCAGCCGCUGGGCUGCGCUGGAGGAUGGGGGCGAGGGAGAGGUGCGGCAGCAGGCGGCGGCGCGCAGGAAGAAGCAGCGCAGCGGCCAGGGGGCGGGCGGGCUGGCGGUGGACGACUGGCGCGAGCUGCUGGGCGCCAACGGCGGCGCCGCCGCCGGCCCCCGCGGCAUCCUGAGCAGGGGCGGGGGCAGCGCCCGCAAGAAGCGCGUGCGCUGGCCGGACGAGGAGUGGGCAGGCGGCGAGGCGGAGGCGGAGGAGGAGCAGGGGUUCCGCAUCGGCGGCUCCACCGCCGGCACCCCUGCCAAGGCUGGGCUGGAGGUGGUGCACGUGCUGCACGGCCUGGGCCCUCCGUCGGAGCUGGAGGACGGCGGCGCGGGCGUGGCGCCGCACCCCGGCGGCGGCGGGCCGCGGGCGCAGGGCGGCUUUGCGGCGGCGGCGCGGGCGGAGCACCAGACAGAGGCCGGCCUCUUCCGCCGCCUGCUGCUCAGCCGGGGCGCGCCGGGCUGAGCGGCUCCCUGCAGGGCCGAUCGACGGGGGUGGGGAGUGCCCGCGGUAUGCCACGCGCACGGCGCCGUGCGCAGUGCAGGGCAUUCACAUCGCCAGCGUACCGCCCUCCUCUGCACGUGCUGUGUCGCACAUUCGUGUCCCCUGGUGCCGGCCCUCUUGCCUGCGCGCCUGCUUGGGCUGCUGUGCUGCCAGCCUGCCGGUGGUUGCCUGGUGGCCAGGCGCGUAGGCAGCGGGGUGUUGGCUGCGGUCGGCCUGCUGCCGCCUCCGCGGUAACACUUGGGGGUGGCUGGCGCCCAACAGGUGAGCCGCCAGCCCUGCAUGACGGCGGGGGGUGACGCCUCCGUGUGCUGCUCCUGCAAGCUGCCCGCUGUGCUGCUGGCUCUGGGGUUCGGUGGGUGGAGGGUGUCCCGUGAUGCCUGCAUCCCACCUGCACCUGCGCACCCCUGCAGGCACGCUUGACCAGCGGCUGCGCCAUGCCCAGCCCCUGAGCGUUUGCUUGCAAUUCAUUUCAUGUGCAUUUCCUGACCUGUUUUCCAUGCAGUUUUUCAUUCGAAUUGUUUGUUUUGCUGCUUGUUCUGUAAACCAGCUGGUAC